AUGAAUACAAAUAUAUCUAUAUCUUCUGACAAUUACAAUUGUACUGGAAAAGGACUUACUAUAAAUGAUAUAGGUUUAGGAGGUAGUUAUGGAGGUGAGGGUGGGGCUGAGAAUGAAAACCAUUCACCUGCCACAGGCUACGGCUUUUUUAAUUCUCCCAGUGAGUAUGGUAGCUCUGGAGGAACCGGUCUAAACAGUGCAGGCAGUACUGUGGCAGGUGGGUGUGGUGGAGGAAUUCUCAAAUUUCACUUGAGUUCAAAAAUACAAAUUGAUGGGGAUUUAACUGCCAAUGGACAAUUGGCUGACUCCACCUAUGCUGGUGGUGGAUCUGGUGGCAGUAUAUUCAUCAACACCACAGCAUUUGAUGGCACCGGGAAAAUUGAGGUUAAUGGUGGAGCAGCGAGGAAUGGAGGUGGAGGAGGUCGAGUAGCAAUCAUCUAUGAAGACGACUACUACAUUGGUGACAUUACAUCAACUGGUGGUCUUGGUGAUGGUGAGAUAGGUGCAUCUGGCACUGUCUACAAACGUGACAUGGUUACCAGCUCCGGUGCUGAAUUUAAACACCUACAAGUCUACAAUCAGCAAGGCAAUGGGGACUCCAAAUCAAGAAUCUCAAUCUCUGAAGUUCAAACGCCUGAACAAGAGCUUGAUUUGCUUGAUCUCGGCCAAUAUGCACAAGUUGGUUUCCUGGCUGUGGACUCCGCUGGCAUGCCUGUUGUUGGGGAAAGGACACAGAACUUAACCCAAGUGGGCGGUGAUCAUACUGCUGUAGUCCAUAUAGAGCCUGGUUAUAAACUAAAUAUCGUCUUCAACGAUUCAGCAAUACUCUCCUUUGAUGUCCAUUUGUAUGAGAAUGCUACCGUAAACCUGCCGUACGAGACCUUCCUGCUAGACUGUCGUGUGAUUCUGUAUGGUGGAGUACUACAGGGUGUUGAGAAACUUAACAUCUCUAUGGAUGGCUCCUUCACCAUUUACCCACCGGCUCAGCUGGGAUAUUCCCAAAAAGUUGUUCUGAACAGCAUUGAUAUUCUAGAUGGAGGGUUUUUCAAUUUCCAAGGCAAUGCUGAAAAUGAUUCCUUGAUAGAGAUUAUAUUGGAUGGUGGAUUCCAUGUCCAUGGAGGAGGUGAAAUGCAAGCUAACAACCUUGUCUUGAGAGCUGUCAACAUCACUGUAGAUGCUGAUGGUCUUGUCAACAGCAGUGGAAGAGGUUAUGAUGCGGGGCAAGGUCCAGCUGCUGGAGUAUACAGUCAGACAGGAGGGUCUGGUGCCUCUCAUGGAGGUCUCGGUGGUAUUGGUGCUGGAACCUCUUAUGCAAAUUCUGCAAUCGGUGACAUGACUCGUCCAGUGAACUAUGGCAGUGGUGGGUCGGCUGGUAGUGGAAGGGCCUCUGGUGGUGGUAUCAUCCAUCUUAGGGCAGAACACCUGAUGGAAAUUGACGGAUCCGUGACAGCUAAUGGCAUGGAUGCAGAAAGUGGUAGUCAGGGUAGUGGAGCUGGAGGGAGUAUACUGCUGGAGGCUCUUCACUUCCUUGGAACUGGAACAAUUUCUGCCAACGGUGGUGGGGGUGGAGUAGUACCUAACUGUAACAGCUAUGACAGUGAGCGACGCUGCCUUCAGUGUAACUCUGGCUAUUUCUGGGUCCAAUAUAAUUGUGUGUCAGACUGUCAGAGUCAAAAUAGUCGCUGCUGUGAGUCGUCUACCUUUGUCACCAACUGUGUCAGUGGGGGCAACAGCCGAUCUGCCUGUAGCGCUAAUGGUGAGAACUGUCAGAGUGGAUUCUCGCUUGGAAGCAACACUACAUUCCUGGAUUACUGUGGGGAUAUUGGCAGAACUUGUGCUGGUGAAACCAAUGUUCUACCUCUGAAAUUCGGAGGUGGAGCUGGUGGAGGCAGAAUGGCUGUUCUGGCCAAUGAUAGUUAUUCCUUCCGUGGCAAUUACGAGACCUUUGGAGGAAACAGCGGGAAGGAAAAUGGUGGAUCAGGCACUGUUUAUCUCAGGCAGCCAGACUCUUCUGGUGGUUACCAGGACACACUCAGAAUUGAUAAUGACGGGUCAAAACCUCUCAACACCUUCAUUUCAAACCCAGACCAGGACAGCGGGAAGACUUAUGUUACUAUGGCUAGCACCACAAAUACAGAGCUCUACAUCCAUAAUGUCCAGAUUUAUGGAUCUGCACAUCUUGUCUUCAAGAAUACCACACAGGAUGGAUCUAUCCCUGUACAAAUUGGUCAUCUCACUGGUGACAAGACUGGAAUGCUUCAUAGCUUGGCAGAUAUACCGGAAAUCAAAGUGAAUGACAGUGACAGUCCUUUUCCAUCAUCCUUUGCCAUAUAUGAAAAUGCUGCCCUGGUGCUGCCUUCAGAGGUGCACCUCAUUCGACUUGAGUACACGACAAUCAAACUGGAUGGAACAAUCAGUGGUGCCGGAAAUUUCCACAUCGGUCAGGGAGUCAAUGUCCUUGUUGGUGAACAUGGUAAGACAAGUGGAAGUGCAGAUAGAGAGUUUCAUUUUGAUACGCUGCAAGUGUACGCAGAUGGUAAAAUGUCAUCCGACUUCAUCAACGAAUACAUUCCUUCUUUGGUUCUCAAUGUGACUGGUCUUGUCCGCCUUCAUGCUGGUGGAAGGAUUGAGGCACCGUGGCUGGAAAUAACAGCUGAUCAGGUACAACUUGACCCUGCUGGGGUCAUUGAUACCACCUUACGAAAUGUCAAAACUGCCAUGGAUAGUCAGGAUGGAAUUAACGCUCCUACUGGAGGAGGGUCUGGUGGUGGAGGAGGUGCUUCCGGUGGACAGGGGACAAACCAGACUGUUGUUGGAGCUUCCCCAUCCUAUGGUGAUAUGUACUUCCCAAAAGAGUUCGGUGGCACUGGUGGAGAUGGAGGUGGUUCUAACCUCAACCUUGGCUGUACACCAAAUGAAACCCAUACAGGUGGCAAUGGUGGUGGUAUUGUCCAGAUGACCAUCACCAGGGACUUGGUAUUGGAUGGUGAGAUAUUGUGUAAGGGGUCACCAGGGUCCGGACCAAGAGGAGGUGGAGGUGGUGGUGGCAGUAUCCUUAUCAAGACCAAUCAGAUGACUGGAACCGGACUUCUCAGUGUAGAGGGUGGCAGUGUGGCCAGUGGCACUAACACUUGUCAUGGUGGCGGUGGUGGUGGUGGGCGUAUUGCCAUUCACUACAACAACACUUUAAACUACAACGGGGAAACUCACUCCCACGGUGGAAGUGGUGGAUUGGAAUGUGGUGGUGCUGGCACUGUGCUUCUGAGAGACACCUUCACCGAGUCUGAUAUCCUCAGGAUAGAUAACAAAGCUGUCUGUACACCUCUGGAUGAUUCUAUUGACUUCAGCGUGUUGUCUGAUACAAGACGAGGGGAAGUAAGCUGUCAGACAUGGCUGUUUGAUCCAACAUCUCCUGUGUCUCACACACACAACUUCAGUGAGGUCUCCCUCAAAGGCAAGGCACAACUUGCUGUAUACCGACGCAACAUUGACUCAUUCAAUCAGUAUGUCACCAUUAACAAAGGCAGUGGGGACAAAACAGGCACAUUCCAUGUCGGUAAUUUACAAGUGUUUUCAGCUACUCUCCAUGUGGAUAGCCCUGAAUUAGAUUUUGGACUGAAAAUAUAUCAAGGUGGUACAAUGAAAGCAGAGGAAGUGCUACUUGUACAGGGUAUUACCAUUGAAUUCCAGGGGACGCUAGAAGGAGCAGAACAUCUCAUCAUUGGGCCUGGGGGACGCAUCAUUCUCAAGCCGUACACCAACACCAGUGUAGCCACUACAGUAACAAAUGAGAUCACAUUCACAAGCAUCACCAUACAGGGAGGUGGAGUACUGGAAAUCAACAGUGAAGCACAGGGAAUGGUCCUUAUUGGCAACACAUUCCAUGUAGAGAGUCGUGGAUUACUGGACGCUGAUAAAAUUGAGCUCCGAGUCGCCAACCUAAUUGUGGAUGACUCUGCUACCAUCCGAACUGAUACCAAAGCACCUAUUGGGGUAGACGGUGAUGGCGUAGGAAGGGACAGCAGUGGUGCCGGUCACGGGGGUAUGGGUGGAACUGGUACUAUCGGUAGUGCAGGUGGACUGUUCUAUGGGGCCUUAAAAAUGCCCCAGUCAUUUGGCAGCAGUGGUGUAACGAAUACAAGCACGCAGACCUAUGGAGGUGGCGUCAUCAAAAUAGAGGCAUCUAACUAUACAACUAUUGAUGGUAGGUCUUGAUUCAGACUUUUAUGAAAAGUGACAGUAGUGUAAGUCAUAUCUUUAAGUUCAAGUUCUCUGUGCUGUAUCUCUUAUCCAUCAAGCAAAUUUGAAAGAGUUUUAUAAAGAUGAUACUAACAUGACAGAAAUAUACUUACAAUCAGUAUCAUUUUCAAAAAAUGAAACGGCUCCACACAUCACUUAUGGGAUUCAAACUCAGAACCUUUCGGUUGUAAAGCAUGGAGCGUAUUCAUUACACUACCAGUCAUAAUACUUGUCUAUAAUUAUCUGUAUAUGGAUAUCCACUCAGA